GCCCCCACCGUCCCAGGUAUAAGGGGAUCCAGGUCAACGGCUGGAGGGCAGAUCAGUUUGUGACAGGACUGUACAUUCCCCCGAAAGCCACGAAUCCUGGUUCACGUUUCAGUUCUUCCCUAAAAAAGAGAGAAAAGUUUGGUCAUCACUGGAUUUUCUUCUUCCUGCUGUGUUCUGGACUGAACCAUGGAGUUGUCGGAUAUCUCUUUCCCCAUCCCCACCGCUGAUGAUUUCUAUGACGACCCCUGCUUUAACACCAGUGACAUGCACUUCUUCGAGGACCUGGACCCGCGGCUGGUCCAUGUGGGGCUGUUGAAGCCGGACGACUCCUCCUCUUCAUCCUCAUCCUCCCCUUCCUCUUCUUCCUCCUCCCCGUCCUCCCUCCUGCAUCUCCACCACCAUGCCGAGGUGGAGGACGACGAGCACGUCCGCGCCCCCAGCGGGCACCACCAGGCGGGCCGCUGCCUGCUCUGGGCCUGCAAGGCCUGCAAGAGGAAGACGACCAACGCGGACCGGCGGAAGGCGGCCACGCUGCGGGAGCGCCGGCGGCUCAGCAAGGUCAACGACGCCUUCGAGACCCUGAAGCGCUGCACGACGGCCAACCCCAACCAGAGGCUGCCCAAGGUGGAGAUCCUGCGCAACGCCAUCAGCUACAUCGAGUCCCUGCAGGCGCUGCUGCGCGGUGGCCAGGAAGACGGCUUCUACCCGGUGCUGGAGCACUACAGCGGGGACUCGGACGCAUCCAGCCCCCGCUCCAACUGCUCCGACGGCAUGACGGAUUUUAACGGCCCCACCUGUCAGACAACCAGAAGAGGAAGCUAUGACAGCAGCUCUUAUUUCUCCGAGACUCCAAACGGCGGUCUGAAGAGCGAACGCAGUUCAGUGGUCUCCAGUCUGGACUGCCUGUCCAGCAUCGUGGAGCGGAUCUCCACCGAUAACAGCAGCCUGCUGCCACCUGCUGACGGCCCAGGAUCCCCGACGACGACAACAACUGUGCCGGUGGGUGAAGCAGGCACUGCCCCGGCGACCGCUCAGGUCUCUUCUCCGACUGCCAGCCAGGACCCCAACCUGAUUUACCAAGUCCUAUAGACCCUCACACAUACAUAUUCAACUCGGACAUUACAAUAAA